AUGAGUGAUUCUCACGAAGUAAAAGAAAAGAAGCGCAGUAGCGAGAAGGAGCAAGUAAUUGAAAAUGAAGGGGAGUACGGGUAUUAUAAGAAUGAUUUGUUUCAUUCAUUAAGCAAUUUUGUCUUAAAAUGCGAAGGCGUGGUUGAAGAAGACAAGAAAAUUGUUGGUUACAUGCUCCGUGCCAAGCCGAAAGAUAAUAGGGAAGAAAACGUCGAAAAAUGGUACUGUUUCAGACAUAUUGUUUAAUAAUUGUAUACACAAUGGAAUAAUUUAUUACAGUAAAAGGUGGUCUUCACAUUUAAACUUUGGAAAAUCAAUCCAGCAGAUCUAAAAUUUGUGACUUUUGUCUCUUUAUUUUAUGCUUGUUCACGCUAGCAUAAUAUUUUAGUCAUAGCUGUGCUCAUAUAGUUCUAAGCGGUAUUGCAUGUGCACAAACUAACUGCAAAAACAUUGUGAGUAUAUGCAUGAGCUUUAGUAUUUAACAAAUUCGAACGUGCCGAAAAAAACUUAGAUAAGUAUUAAAUAAAUGGCGAGAUAAAUUAGUGUCCAUACGCCUAUACUACACAGUUUUUAUAAUUUAAUAGCUCUUUACCCUUUCAUAGGUUGGACAGUGUAUUUGUUACUCGUCGCGAUAUGAUUGAGCAAUACACGAUCACAAAUAAGCUGGUCUCGAGUCGCUUGUGGGUAUCGUCCACCAAAGAGUUCCUCCCAGGGCUACUCAAAAAAAUGUGUGAUAAUUAUGAAAAAGCCGAGUGCAGAAAAACCUUAAUUCCAGUGAAGGUACAAAAUUCAAUAAUUUAUAAGGGCAUGUUCAUAAGAUCCAGCGCAGGGUGGGAUGCUUAAUACCGAGAUCUCGCUUGUAAUACAAAUUCUAAAGGCCGAUGAUAUGGAGAGGUUCCCGAGAGGUUUCAGCUCAGACUGAAUUUCAUUCCGGUUGUCACAGCGGAUGUGUGCCCCCGCGGAUAGUAGACACAUUUAGAUCGAGGACGCGGACGUCAAAGACGACGUAAAAAUGGCGUGUUGUGCCCAUGUAUGGAUGUGCCACGCCAUUUUCACGUUGUCUUUGACGUCCGCGUCCUAGAUAUAAAUCCGUCUAAUGCCACCCCCCCCCCCCGGACAUGGUAUGGUAUAUAAUAACUUUAUUAGCAUGACCAACAGUUACAGGUAUUGCUAAAGUUUUAACUACAAUAACUAAACAUACAAACUAAAGGUAACUACUAUAGGUUAAAUACGACCCAUUACAAGAUUACAAUAAGGUAAAGAAGCUAUUUACAAGAUAGAGGUCAAAUACGAUAGUAUUGAACUUUAGUGUUCAGCAUCCCUGGAUUCAAGGCGUUUAUCUCUUAGCUCGAAACAGGAAAAAGCAAACUUGGAUAG